GUUCGAUGGCGACGGCGUGGGCGUUCGCCGUUCGUUCAGCGCUCUAUGUAUCCCGCGCGCGGCUUUCCGGUGUUGCGUGUCCGUGUGGUUGUUUGUUAUCAUUAUCAAUUCUCUCUCCACACACGGUCAGUUAUUCGUCGUUCCUCCGGCGCUCGACGGGAGGAAAGAAGAAGAAGAAGACCAAAAAAAUCAAAUCCGGACUCGGAGAGGGAACGGCCGGCGCCGGAGUCAUCGCCACGUUCUCGCGGAUCCGCUCCGAUCCGCUCGCAUGAGCGGUGGCGUCGACACCCACGGGUGGAGCGGAGUCACACGCGGAAUGACGCGUCCGCGGCUGUCACGCUCGUGAGAGGACGCAGGCCCGGGGCCCCUCGACGUGUCGUCGCGCGAGCCAUGUCCCCGCUGUCCCGCCGAGGGGAUCGCGUGCUGCAGCUGAGAAGAAGGCCGACCUGAGGACCGUGUGGAAGUCGCGCCCGUAUCACGGGGGUUUCAGCGGAUAAUAUACGUCGCGGCGGCGAGAGUCACGGGUCCACGUUCGGGUCGGGAAUGACACGAGGCGACCUGUGAAUUGAUGAGCGAUAUCCGUUUUGCGUACGAUAUUUUGACGUGUCGUUUUUGCCCGCCUUCGUACCUCUUUCCUUCUCUCCUCGGUGAAUUUAUUAUGGUAUCAUCAUGACCACAAUACCGCUGACUGAUAAACAGCUUCAUCAACUGAGUAUUAGCAUCGGGAAGUCUGUAAACGCGACGGAAACGCCGGUCAAGGUGAAACAUGUCCGAAGUGCCAUCAUCGGUACGUAUCGUGAGAAGAGCGGCUGCAUCUUCUGGACGUAUAUGCUGAGGCAGCCGUUGAUGGAAAAUCAGAUCGUCGCAUGGAAAUUUUGUCAUGUGCUGCACAAAGUAUUGCGCGAGGGACAUCCUCGGGUUAUCGUCGACUCCCAGCGGUAUCGCGGCAAGUUGGAGGACAUCGGAAAACUCUGGCAACAUCUCAGAGAGGGCUAUGGUCGUCUCAUACAGCUUUACGCAAGACUGCUAAUAACUAAAUUAGAUUACCAUAAGCGAAACCCGCGCUUACCUGGAAAUUUGCAUGUAACGCCGGAAGAGCUCGAAGCAAUUGGAGAAAAUGAUAUUAAUAUAUAUUUUCAGAUGUCUGUUGAAAUGUUCGAUUAUAUGGACGACAUUUUGAAUUUGCAACAUGCAGUUUUCGGUUCUCUGGAUUUAUCACGAUCCAAUUCGAUGACGCCGUGUGGCCAGUGUCGACUCGCGCCUUUAAUUCCAUGCAUUCAGGACGCCUCGCAGCUGUAUGAUUGCUGCGUGAAAAUCCUGUUUAAACUCCACGGUGCGCUCCCGGCGGACACAUUAACCGGACACCGCGAUAGAUUCACGAAGCAGUUCCAUGAGCUGAAGAGCUUUUACAAUACUAUCAAACAUAUGCAGUAUUUCAAACAUUUGAUAACAAUUCCGUCGUUACCUGAGAAGCCACCAAACUUUUUAAUACAAGCCGAGUUGAGAACGUACGUCACGCCGAUAGUGGUACUUCCGCCUGAACCAUCUAUAGAUUCCGAGACUGCCAUAGAAAACCUUAUUGAUACGUCUGAUACAGGAUCAUUAACGGGCGACCAGUUGGAUUCUGUGAAUACACGAAAUGGCUCAAUAUCACCCGAUGCUCUUGCAGAAAGAGACAGCCUUAUUGAUCAUUUGUAUCAAGAAAACGUUCGUCAGAGACAAGAAGUAAAUCAUUUGUUAAUGGACCAUCAACAGAUAGUUGCGGAUUUUAGAAAUCGCGUUCUAGAAUUGGAGUCGACUCUUUCUACUAAAAGUAAUGAAAUCGUAACGGAGAAGCAAACAUGUCAAAAGUUAAUGAAGGAAAACGCAGCUACGUUGACAAGAGUCCAAGAAAUAGAAGGAAAAAAUGAAGUCUUGGAAGAAAAGUUUAAGAAACUCAAGGAUGUUUACUCGAAGCUGAGAGAAGAACAUAUCAGUUUAAUCAGAAAGAAAGCUGAACUGGACAAGGAAUUGGGAGGAAUAAAGAUAUUACGAGAGCAAUCUGAACGUCGAACGUUAAAAGCGGAAGAACGAUUGCAAGAAUUACUGCAAGGACAAACGUCGACAGAACAAGAAACGCAGAAAGUAGCGCAAGCACGCGAAGACUUGGAGGAUGUAAGAAAGAAACUCGACGCUGUCCAAACUGAAAAUCUGGCAUUAAUAGCAAAGAUAGAUUUUAUAACGUCCGAGAAAACAGCUUUGGAGGGAGAUCUCCAUGACUUGCUGGUGCAAAAGGAAGAGCUGGAUUUACGGUUAGUAAAUUUGGAAGCUGAUGCCGAACGAUCCCAUAAUCAAGUAAAAACGGACGCUAACACGGCUCUGUUUGACUUAUUAUUGAACGCUAUAUCAGAGGCGGAAUCUAUCUUGCAUCACGCGAUGCAUACGAUCGAUAACCCGGCUAUAUCGGCGCUAACUUGCACGCCCGAUUAUCUUGGAAGUUUAUUGGAACCGACCGAAAAGUCGUUUAAUGACUUGGAAGAGGCGUACAACAAUUAUGUGAUCGAUACAACGAAGGGGAAAGCGCUAAUUCGUACUGCUAUACAUGGCGCGUACUGUCUGGCUCUCUAUCUGAUAUAUGCAAAAUCCACUUCGAAUACAUCUACGGAUAUUGGUAUAGCCGACAGAUUUGCCGAUGAAUGCAAACAAUUAGGUUCGCAAGGUUUAAUUAUGUUGAGUUAUAUCAAAGAGAAGUCCUCAAUGACCGGUGUGCAAAUUGCAAAUGUCAAAAGUCAAUUACAAAAGAUUUCGUCUCUUAUAAGUACGUUAUUGACUACUCAGAACAACGUGGAAAUUAUCGGGACUUUAGUAGAAAGCGAGUUGCAGAGUAUGGAUAAAGCUAUAGAAGAAACGGUUGCAAAAAUACAGGAUAUGUUGGAUAAAUCUCGCGCGGCGGACUCGGGUUUGAAACUCAAGGUGAACGAACAGAUCUUGGAUUCCUGCACGGACCUAAUGAAGUGCAUAAGGAAAUUAGUGCAGAAGUCUCGCUUGCUACAGAGAGAAAUUGUGGACCAAGGAAAGGGAACCGUUUCCGCUACUGAGUUUUACAAACGUAAUCAUCAGUGGUCCGAGGGUCUUAUCUCGGCGGCAAAAGCGAUUGCUAUGGGCGCAAAUUUUUUGUUAGAAGCAGCGGACAAAGUUGUGUUAGGCAACGGCAAAUUCGAGCAAUUGGUUGUUGCCUCACAAGGAAUUGCAGCGUCUACCGCACAAUUGGUCGUCGCUAGUAGAGUCAAGGCUGACAGAAACAGUACCAAUUUGACUGAACUCUCUAAAACUUCGAGAGAAGUGACUCAAGCUACGGCGAACGUUGUGGCGACUGCUAAAAGUUGCAAUCAUCUUGUCGAGGAAAACGAAGAUCUAGACAUGUCGAAUCUGAGUUUACAUCAGGCUAAAAAGCUCGAAAUGGAGGCGCAAGUUCGAAUCCUAGAACUGGAGCAGGCUCUAGAAACCAAGAGAUUACAUCUGGCCGCUCUUCGACGUCAUCACUAUCAGCUUGAUGGUGAGAACGAGGCGUAAGCCGAAUGUGGAUUCGUGCUUGCAAUUAAAAGAAUAUUCAACAAACGCAAACAUUGUAUGUAGAUAAAGAAUCAUAUAGCAAUUGUGUAAAUUAGUUUCGAAUCAACUAACCAUCAUAGAGAUCAGUUUUUCAUGAUUAGAAACGAAACUUAUAUUUCGUUUGUUGUCAGCAUUUAAGUAUUAUGCAUGUCUCGAAGAUCAACGAUAUUUUUCCGUCGUAUUAUAGAAGUCGAUUAAAUGUACUUUAUCGAAUAACACUCGAAUACAUUUUUAUCGUUUAUACUGUUUAUAGGAUGAAUGAUUUAUAUGAUCGUUACGAUCGUUUUUUUUUUUUUUUAAUCUACUUCCAGAAUCUUUUUUACAUUGUCUAUUAUUAGACAACGAACGUUUAUAAGAUAAAGUACAUUUAAAAUUUAAUGAGCAAUGAAAUUCAAAAUAUCUAACGCGAGUUUCUAUUACAUUUGGAGUAAUUUUAUAAGAGAGUCGUGUUUUUUCCUAAACAAAAAAUAUAUAUAUGAAGAGGAUUAAAGUUUACUAACUUGUUAGAUGUACGUGCGAAAUACUUUCGUUCUCGAAUAGACGAUUGCGUAGCAAUUAAUUUAGACUAAAACCCAACUUUCCAUUACGUUUCCCUGCCGAUCAGUUUGAUAUCACGGAAGAUUCAACGUGAAAAGGAGAAAAACUUAACAUAUAUGAAAUCCCUCUAAUGGUCUUGUCAAAGUUAUAUUAUUUUAUAAACAAUUUUCUCAAUAAACCAUCAAGAGAGAAUUA